AUGGAGUAUGCACCGACUAUACAUUUACCAAGCCGGCGGGUCAUUGAAGAAUUGUCUACCCUAAAUAUUUCUUGUUCUAUCACCGGAAAUCCGUAUGUGACUUCCAGACGCUACUCGUGGCGCGGACCUCGAGGUUUCACUUCCGCCAAACAACAGCUUGUGAUCGACGCCAUUCGGCGAGACGAGUCGGGGAACUACACAUGCCUGGCGGAGGAAUACGUCGACUCUAAUGACGUCACACAUCAUCACUCACUGACAGCUGAGAAGACGGUUUACGUUGACGUCCAGUACUCGCCGUCCAUAGACCUCCCCAACUCCACUCUAGAGGUGAGAGAACACAGCGACCUCAGAGUUACCUGCCUUGUACACUCAAACCCGCAGCCUCGUUCUGUGAGGUGGGUUUCACCAGGUGGCGCCACAAUUCCUAGCGCUCGCCUGGUCCUCCCGCACAUUGAGCGGCGUCAAGGCGGCGCCUACUCGUGCGAGGCCGUCAAUAGACUGGAGGCGCCUGGCUCAAAAGAGAGGAGAACUUCAAAAUCAGUCUGGGUUGUCGUUCUGCCAGCUGAAGGUCAUUCAACUGCGGAAAUGACGUCAUCGGCGUACACUGGAGUGGGUGUCGUGAUCGGCGCCGUUCUCGCCUUGAUCGUCGUCGCUGCCGUCGUCGUGUACCGCAGGAGGAGGACGUAUCUCAGCCCACGUGGACAGAGAAACCCAUCUUUGGCGGCAAAGGUUAUCCGUUACGAACCUACGGCCUCCUUGCGGUCACACGAUGACGUCAUUUAUAUGAGUGGCAGACAACACAACUCGUAUGCGGAUAUUGUUUACGUGGACGGGGGUUAUAUAAACCCAGCUCAUGACGUCAUUGAUGACCACAGGCAACAAAACAUGUAUGUUGAUGUCCCUGAUGGUGGAUAUUCACAACCCAAUCAUGACGUCACUUCCUUUAGUGAAAGCGCUACCCUGAAUCCUCACGUGACGAUCGCUGCUUCUCACGGAGGUUAUCUGAGUCCAACUCAUGACAUCACCAAUGCCUCUGACGGAGGAUAUCUACAUCCAACUCAUGACGUCACUUCCUUUACUGAAUGCCCCACGUCAAGUGAAGCAAGCAUGGGUGACGGUGACAAGCUGAGCAUGGAGUCAACGGUAGAAGUGGGAUAUCACCAGGACGACCAUCCGUCUCUCGAUACACAGGACCUCAGCUUGAACCAACAUCACCAUUACGAAGACCUUGACCUUCAUCAAAGUGUGAAGGGAAAUAACAGCACUGUUCCAACUGCUGAAAACCACUACAGCGAACCAACAAUGUAACAAUGUUUUGAACAGUGAAUGGUUUAAAUAUCGAUAGACAACCACUACAGCGAACUAACAAGUAACAAUGUUUGGAACAGUGAAUGGUUUUAAUAUCAAUAGACAAUGUCCAUGCAACAAACUCAGAAACCAGGCUGCCGAAACACGCAAUGCCAAAGCACGUGUUUUUAUCUUGGAGUUGAAAUCUCCACGCCACAAUAUCAUAACAUAAUUAAUUUUACUAAUACAAACUACAAAUAGGAGUUUUAUUACACUUGUGUGCGAUAAAUAUUGAUGUCAAACAAUGUACAUGUUCGCCAUGUUUUUAAAGAAUAUUCCCUCGCACAAACCAGUAAAACGGCUGCCCGCCUCUCGGUAUUACGGUUUGCGUGUCACGUAGACAGCGAGUACACGAGUGUCCAAACAAUAUCGAAGAAUGGUGCGCGCGCUGCUAUGAAUAUGUUUUUGGUCUAUUUUAAAUUAUACCAAUUCACUGACACAGCAGUUUUAAGCGUAUAGGAUCUGCUGUCAAACGCGUCAAUCUGGAUUAACAGAAAGUGGCCAGCUUUAGGUCAGAUCAGGUCAGGUGAGAGGGUUUUACAUACACAUUCAGAGCAAGCUGUUGUAGCACACGCUUGCCAUGGGCGCAGGUGUUGACUCUCGGCGGCUCCUCCGUCCAGGGCAGGAAAGGGUUUGGGGUGGGUGGGAGAUGGGGUCGUUACCGGGUGAGGGGUUGGUUUUGGUGCUAUUGAAUUUGCAAAUGUCUCGUAGGAUUAAAGCCAACUAAACAUUGUUGCGUAUUUUCUUGAGGGUAAUUUGAUGCUUAAUUUAGAAUGGUUCGCCGAAAUUGAAAUGGAGCUAAUUUGGAUGAUUCGACUUUGUUGAUCGAAAGGUAGCUCGUUGCUGGAACCUUGCCUCCAUGGAGGCUGUGGUGGUUUGACUCCUAAUACGUGGCCUGUGCCAGCUUUCCUGUGGUCCGGCUCCAUAUCGUGUGUCUGUGUGUUGAUUAUAUCAUCUUCGCUCGCUAAGGUUUCUAUUCCGUAUGCCCCGUGCUGUGUGUGCGCGUGUAUACAUACGUCUGUGUAUACAUGUGCAUGUGUAUCUUUCUGUGUGUAUGCGCGCGAACGCAUUUGUGAGUGUUGUGUUCCGGUGUAUUGUAUGGUGGCCUCAGAUCACAGUUAUCUUCCCAUUUGGAAAUAUUUCCGCGCAAGUAGUCUGCUGUUUGACUGUGAUUAGGCAGACAGCUUUGAAGUAGCAACUAACAGACUGAAGUUGACGGGGAGUGCACGUAACUUGUUCACAUUGAAGAUUGUUUGGUGGUAAUUCCGGCCCAUGUAAAAGUAGUGGGGUUUUUAUGUAAAACGGGUGUACUCCGGCCAGGUUAGUGGGUGUGUUUGUUUCAACCAAGCUGGGUUGUCCUAAUCAGAGUAUGUUGCUCUCAGACAGCCAAAGGGGCAUACCAAAAUGCAAGGGCCUACUGAUAUUAAUAAAAGGGCUAUAGCCACUGACGCUAUAUAGAAACAUACAGCGUGAAUAAUUGUGGUCUGUUUCCAUGGUACUCGGUGUUUUCGCAUAAUAAAUGAUUAACGAUAAUGUUCGUUGAAUUGAUAUUGCAUAAUAUACUUAUUAAAUAUAAUGUUCAUGGAGCUGGCAUUAUAUAAUAAAUUAUUAAAGAUAAUUCUCGUUGAAUUGGUAUUGCAUAAUAACAUAUUAAAGAUAGUGUUCAUGGAGUUGACAUUAUAUAAUAAAUGAUUAAAGAUAAUGUUCGA